AUGUUCACAUGCUCACGCCGGUGCUUCUUUGCUGCGCCAGUUCAGCCACUUUUGUGGUUUGGGCGCCGAGGUGCAUUCGCGGUUCCUCACCCCUCAAAGGUGAAAAAUGGCGGUGAAGAUGCAUUUUUGGUGCACACGAAUGGCAUUGGUGUAGCUGACGGUGUUGGCGGAUACGCACGCGUCGGCAUUGAUCCUGCCGUCUUUACAAGAAAUGUUAUGCGGUUCACCCGGCAUGCGUUGGAGAAGGAUCAAAAUCGCGGCACCAUCACUGCCCUGGAGGCCCUAAAUUAUGGCUUUGCGGAGGCACAAAAAAAACGGCAACUCGGCGGGUGUCCGGUGUCCCUUGUCACUCUCGUCGAUGGGCGUUUUGCAUCUGUGCUGAACCUUGGUGACUGCGGCACGAUAUGCUUGCGGAGUUCCAAGCUCUUCUUUGCCACUGCGGCGCAGCAGCACAGGUUUAACUGCCCGUAUCAGCUUCCGGAGGAUUUACCUUCUGCCGGGGACCGCACGACACUCGAGUUGAGCGAGGGUGAUGUUUUCCUUUGUGCGAGCGAUGGGUUGCUUGACAAUGUCGACAUCUCAGAUAUACUGCAACGUUUAAGGGAUGUUGAACGUCAUGGCUGCCAGUAUGUCGCAGAGACUCUGGUAGAGGAGGCCUGCAGAAACGGGGCUGAUGAGAAGUUUAUGUCCCCCUUUGCAAAGAAUGCAAAUGCGAUGGGGUACCAUUACACUGGCGGAAAGGAGGACGACGUGACAGUCGUUGUGGCGCAACUUACGCGGCUUGACGUUGAGCCCAACGCAUGCCCGGGACUUAUCACGGAACUCCUAAACUUGCCCACUGGGUGA